AUGGGACGACGUUUACUGGUUAAGAGUUCCUCCAACGACAGCGAUUACACUAGAUCUGACACACACGAUGGUAUGGAGCUGGAUACAGAUCUGACAGACAUCAACGAAUUUGCCGACAACAACAAUGAGGAUGAUGAGGAUGAAGCAUGGCUCUUCCCCAAUGAGGAUCAUCCGCCUGAGUACUACCUUCAGCAGCUAGAGGUCUUCGAUGAACAAGAGUAUGCGAAAGAGGACUACAAGGACAGCAGUACUCGCUUGCUUGAUCGUAUGGAAGAUCAGUGGAAUCAAUGCUGGACGUACCUAAAAAAAGACCACUAUCGUGCCUACGCAACUGUAUCCGUCGCUACUCUAUACACGUUCUUUGACUGGCUACUCAGCCAGCGCCAGGGAAAAAACGGGAGAAAACGCCGAGGGACCAAGUUCGCCAGCUCCCUAGGGACGUAUUGGAAGGUUUUCCGCCUAGUGUAUGAAAGAGCAACAGGAGCAAAACUAGAUGGAAAGAUGAAUCGAAGCAUGCACAAGGUUCUAAGGAAGCUGGCAAAGAAGCACGGGUUGAAGAAGAUAGGCCGAGACAAGGCCUGCAUGUAUGUCGAGGAUUUGGCCCAAGUGUUGCAAACGAAUCUGGUAACCACCGAAAAGAGAUAUCCACACGGACGCUAUAGGAUACAAGCCCAGCUCUAUUUACAACUGGGUGGGUUUACAGCGAAUCGGCCUCAAGCUCUUCUCAGUCUCUGCUAUCGGCAUAUACAAGUCACGCUAUUACGGGAUCCAGAAGGUGGCCCUCAACGAGUAUUGCUAGAGUUCACCUUCGAAUUCACAAAGGAGUUCCUUGGUAUCAAAGACAUGAAUACCUUCCCUCUCCCAGAAAUUAUGUACGACGAGACGCUACUUUUCAGUCCACAUGUCUUCCUCCUUGGCCUGCUAUUCUACGACCGGGCGUUUGCAGCCUACAAUCUAACCUCACCAGAGGAACUAAGCAGGCUGACGAUCCCGCCAGGCCGCAACGAACUACCUUUACGCCUGAACCCGAUGUUAGACAAUAUUCCCGUGUUUCGUAAAGCGGUGAGAACCCUGCACGGUUGGGACAUCUCUUCUAACGACCCUCUUCCCUACUCCACCUUGCUGCCGUGGAUUCGAACUUUGGGCGAGGUCACGGGAUUUUCUCAAGUCACCCGUCCUUAUUCACUGAGAUAUGCCGGAGGGAAGGCCUUUAAUGAAAACGGCAACGUUAGUGAGGCCAUGCAAAACCUGAUGAUGGGCCACGCUAGCAUAGUGACAUUCUUGAGGCAUUACCUCUCACGACGUAUCACCGUUGACACGCAGGCUGUUGUGCGAGGCAUCCAGCCUCAGGCAGCCCUUAUGCGGGCGGCUUGUACUAUGAGCCGUUCGAUUGAUCGUCGUCGGCCACGACGACUUACACAGGAACAGUCUGCAUCUGUGGAUAAUGAUCCUUCCGUCCGUUCCCUGCUUAACAGACGAGAGCAACUCAAACGUACAGUUCCCAAUGCAACAAAACAUCCUAAGUACAAAGCGCUUGCCACCAAAAUCAACCAAGAAAGGCAGCGUCGACGGCAUGCCCUUCUUAAGGACAUCAAGGAACGCUGGGAGUUUGAACAACCCGUGCGUGACGUCGAGCGACAGCUUGCUGGCUUAGAAACUAAGGACGACCCGGAGCCGAUUCACGACAUUAUGCUCCCGGCUCAAGGGGAGCUGGCCGACUCGGUCCUGUCGAACCCAGGGACCACUAUAGAAGAGGAGAUGAACAGGCGUAAUAGGGCCAUUCGUGCGGUUUCCCUGUACUGUGGCGUCGAAGAGGGGGGAAUGAACCCUAUCCGAAUAGUAAGGCAGAGCAGGAACGCCACGCCACCCGUCAAGAGCCAGCAGACAUACGACGAAGAGGCAUUGGAAGCAGCCAAGAUCUCGGUGUUCAAGGAGAAAAGGCCGAAGAUAUGUUUCCUUUGCCUAGGCAACGAAGGACUGCCGUUGGCACAACGCAUACAUCCCUUUAGUACCCCAGGCGAUCUUAGUAAGCAUCUUGGACGUAAGCACCUGAAACACAUUGAGAGUGGGAAGAGUCUUAGUUGCAAUCUUUGUAAGGUACCCCUAUUAGACAAGAUGCACUUGCAACGACAUGCUCAAGAGAUUCACGGAACCGUAUCCCCUAGGCAUUCGUAUGAUUGCUGCUAG